AUGUAUUAUUUGCCCGCAAAAUUCUUGACACAUUCCUCCAUUUUUCACCUACUCCCCAGACCCCACUAUCUUUCAUCUCUAAUCCGAAAUCAACUAACAAUGCUUAGCCUCUACACCCUUGUAUUGUUGCUAGGAGCAGUCAGGGCCACCCAAUUCCAGCCAUGGGAUUCUAGUUCUUUGGACAAAUCUUCGUUUUUCGAGCAAUUCACCGCAGAAAACGUUUCUGAAUCGGGCUGGGUGGUUUCCGCCGCUACAAAGACCGAUGGCACCCCAUACAAGGGCCAAUGGGCACUUGAGGAGGCCUACAAAUAUCCAGGAUUUGCCGGCGACAAAGGUCUCGUUAUGAAAUCGGACGCUGCUUACUUUGCUAUCUCGAAAAUUCUACCAACCGCCUUAUCAGCAGAAGACAAGGACUUGGUUGUUCAAUUCGAAGUUAAAUAUCAAGAAGAGAUCAGUUGUGCAGGUGCAUACAUUAAAUUAUUGAGUGGAGAUUUUAAUCAAUCGGAGUUCAACGAGGAAUCCGACUACCAGGUCAGAUUCGGGCCAGACAUCUGCGGUGCAGAGAAUAAGGUCGAUCUAGCAUUAAAGAAGACCGUCAAUUCGGAGAGCGUAGUCAGUGUGUUGAACAAUGCUCCACUUGCGCGCAAAAAUUUGUUGAGCAAUUUAUACACAUUGGUGAUUCGUCCUAAUAGAGAUAUUGAAAUCAGAAUCAACGGCCAGGUUGCAAAAGCUGCCAACUUGUACGAAUCUUCGGACGUCAUGACCCCAUCCUUGGAAAUGCCUGCCUACAUUCAAGACCCUGCUGCUGUUAAGCCGGCAGAAUGGGAUGACAGAGAGUACGUGGUUGAUGAGGCUGCCCAGAAGCCUUCGGACUGGGAUGAUACUUUUGGUAGCAUGUGGGUUCCAAACCCUGAAAUCAAGAAGCCUGUUGGAUGGAAUGAUGAUGAGUCGCUUCCUAAGUUUAUUAGAGACCCUAAUGCCGUCAAGCCUGCCGAGUGGAACGACGAGGAGGAUGGUGAGUGGGUUGAGCCGUUUAUCAAUAAUCCUAAGUGUAUUGCAGGCUGUGGUAAGUGGGAGGCACCAAAAAUCGUUAAUCCCGACUAUAUCGGUGAGUGGGUUGCCCCAUCUAUCGAGAAUCCUCAGUAUAAAGGCGAAUGGAAGGCGCCAUUGAUAAAAAAUCCAGCAGUAGUGACCUCAGAGGUCCUUUCACAACCAGUGACCGCAAUAGGUUUUGAUCUUUGGAGUAUGGAAGCUGAUAUCUUGUUCAAUAACAUUUAUGUGGGCCACUCUGUUGUCGAGGCGGAGAAAAUCGGCAAUGAAACUUUUGUUCAAAAACUCGAGAUGGAGCGCAAAAUCUACGAAAAGACUAAACCCGAGCCAAAACAUAAACCUUCGGCACCACCAAAGACAUUUGAAGACUACUUGAAUGCUGAUAGCUCCAACAUUUUGUCUGAUUUGAUUGGACACGCUCAGGCUUUCUUCGAAAACCAUUUUUCCACAACGAGAAAAUUUUGGCACGAGUUUCAAGUCGAUCCUGCUGAAGCCAUCAUGGCGCAUCCAAUAAGGUUUGUGAUUACCUGUUUCUUUGGCCUCUUGGCUUUUGUGACUGGUGUGGGAGUUUUGAACGUUUGCAUUUACCUAUUCCUCACGACUAAGGAAGACGCCGAGGCUGAUGCGGCGGCAUCCAGAGCCAGAGCAGCAAGGAUACAAGAAAGACUUGACAAGAAGGCAGACGAGGAAUUGAUUCGCAAGAGUAGUACGGAGGCCACAUCUUCAGGAAGAGAGUCAACCUCCAUCAAGUCCAGGAAAGUACGCUAA